GGGAAUGGGCAACAUUCUCAGGGAGCCGCAAACAUUUUCACCCAUUGCGCCAAAAACUGCACCAAAAUAAACAAUAAUCCCCAAAACCAUGUCGGAUGUAGAAGAUGUACCAGAAACCCAGCUCGAAAUCGAUGUGAGCGAUGGAGCAGGUCUGGAGGACGAUGAUGACGACGAUAUGGAACAGAUAACAGCACAGAAGGUUCUGGAGAUUUUGGAGACGGCGUGGAUCAACGAAAUGUGCGCUCCGGAAAUCCUACCCAGCCAAACGGACAUGCUGGAGCUAAUGGUCUCCCAGGUGGCCCACAUGGAGGAGCAGAUGCGCGACCUAGACAAAAAUGAUUUCCGGGCGGUGGUGCACUCCAUGGAACUGGAGAGGGUGCGCUAUAUAAUGGCCAGUUAUAUGCGGUGUCGCCUUCAGAAGAUCGAGACCUUCACGCAGCACAUACUGAACCAAGAGGCUAGUCGGGAACACGACGACAAACGGCUGUCUCCCGAGGAGGCCAAAUUUGCCCAAGAAUUUGCCAACAAUGUGGAUGAGUACUUCCACAAAGUGGCCACCCAGUAUAUGCCUAAUCAACAGAGAGGAGAAGCCGAACAAAGAAUAGUUACUCCCAACCUGAUGAGCCAUGUCUUCCUCAAGGCGAAUGUUGCAGUGCCCGCUGUAAUCGUGGGUGUCGAUGAUGAGGAGGUGGAUAUGGCAGCCGGUUCCCAGCAUAUUAUACCAUACCAACUAGUGGCUGAUCUAAUACUGAAUAACCAAGCGCAGCUAAUUUAAUAGGUUUUUAAGCAAAACUUAAACAUACAACCUCGUUAGCAGUUAAAUUAUACAUAAAUUAAUAAUUUAAAAAAUGUACUAUUUUACAUAAUAUUCAAAACUGAAA